GUUUGCUUGAAGCCUUUUGAAAUUCUCUGAAGCAAGACACUCCAGCUUGAAGAACAGUACACCGAACCAACUUCGCGUCAUUUUCAGGUAAAAUGGUUUCGUUGAGAGAACUCACAGAGCUACGAGGUAACCAGGGCAGAGAGGGGGGAGAAGAAGGGGUUAUAUCUGUAGAGCCUAUCACGAUGAUAGUGCCGCCGGCGUUGCAGGAUGUGCCGGAAACAAUGGCGUCUGAGAGUAGUACCAGUUCCAGCGCCAGAGACAACGGUGGCGACCACCCUAGUGCGCCGUCGAGCAGCUCGUCCUCUGAGGGGACACCAGGCCACGAGGAGGGGGCGGGGGAUGUAGUGAGCCAUGUCUCAGAUCGGCCUGUAAUGGGAGAAUGGGAAAGCAGAACCAUCACGGGCAGGAGAUUGGAGGAGAUGGUGAGGGCGCACCACAUCCCCAGAACAAUCCUGCUCCGGACUGGAGCCAAGAGCGAGAGGGCCGGUAUCACAGACGGGCUGGAUACCCGUCUGACGCCCAACAGCAUAAGCUUCAUAAUAGGCUUUAUGCUGUUGUGUGCGAGGUUGGAGGUACCGGCCAAGGCGAUCGUGUUCAGGUCGCUGUUUCAAUACCGGCUGUGUCCCAACUCCCGAGGCGCGAAGUGGUACUACCUCUCCGAGAGAGACAAGAGCCAAUUGUUCAAGAAUGUCCGGAACAAAGUGGCGAGGUGGAAGAGGCAGUUCAUAUUUGUUCGCGACACGCGAACAGAGAGGAUAAGCAACGACCUCGCUGCCCGGCUAUCUGAGUGGCGUGUGCCCAAUGCACAUGUCAACUACCCUCAAUUACUGCCACGGGACACAGACCUUAAAAAUCAACUGCUGGACUAUGCGAGGAGGGAGAAUCUGAUAGAUCUAGACGCCUUGGUUACCUCGGAGCAGCUCGUCGUGUUCGGGAGAGAUGAGCAGCAUUCUCGAACGCCAACGUCAACGAGCACAGAGCUCACAAGCUCAUCCCAACGAAGGUCCAGCUCGGCAUCUAGGCCGCGAGCUGAACACAGAGCUGAGGCUGCGGCCCCGAGUGCACGUAGACGUGCACGCGAGGAGACGGAGAGCGAGGAAGAUGAGGUCCCCCUUGCUCGGCGCAGAACAAGCGGGGGAACUCAGCCUGCGCAGGCGGCCCGUCCUGCAACCGUACGUUCACCCAAUGCGCCGUCAGCGACUGCGCAGGCAGCAGUCGAGCCCGCCUUUACAUCAGCUUCGAUGUCGGGCCCCAGGAUUGCUUAUCCUGAGGGCUUCAGCUAUGUGCGGGCGAAGUGCCAGCCCGCCAUGGUGCAAGGUAUGCACAGCUUUGUGCCCCCGGCGGAUAGUCGGCGGGCAAAAGCUUUUGUGCAGCAGCAUGGCGGCCAGGUCGCCAUGAUCAAACUAAUGGAUGCGUUUAGCUACGCUGUAGCGCUCUACGAGAGUGAGCAGGAGGCUCGUACACAGAACGGCGAGCUCAGUUCAAAGUGCAAACAGCUGGCUGCUGAGAAGGCUAGCCUUGUGGACGAUGUGAAUCGUCUGCAAGGCUCUGAAAUGGCGAACCGAGCUGCGGCUGCAGAGAGCUGGGCGGACGAGCUUGCCAAUAGGAUCAAUGAGCUCAAGGAGGAGCUAGAGCGAGCCCGUGCCGAGAGAGAAAGCGGGAUUCAAGCGGCAAAGGAUGAGGCCGCUCGGGUUGAAGAGCGAGCUAAGAGGGCUGAGGACAAGAGGGACCGUGCUCAGACCGAGCUGGGUUCCCUAAGGUUCCAGGCAUCUCAUUCGCGCUCGGUCGGUAUUGCCCGAGCUCAAGGGGCAGAAUGGCUGGUCGGCUCGUCCACGUUCCAAGACGCAGUGGCGGUGGCGUUUGCUAACAUGACCACAGAGAUCUACAACGAGAUUCGUGGGAAGGUGCUGCACCACCGCCCAGAUUUUCCAAUCCGCGAGCUGGUAUUCUUUGACGAGGAGGAGCUUGACGAACAGGGUAAGAGCCUUGCUCCCCUCGCUGACACAACUGUGAGGCUGAGAUGGGAUUUAAACGAGGAGGGCGUGCCCGUCUGGCCACCGUCCGUGCUGGAGGACGGGGAGGAUCCAGCAGGGCUGCCCUCGUUUGACGCAUGGGUAGAGGGUGCUCCUGUAGCUGAGCAGGAGCCUUCAAGCACCCCACCCAACUCUCAGCCCACUGUGGUGCCAGCCAGCUCGCCCGUCAGCGCACCAGUCUCUAAGCCCGCAGCCUGGUCUCCUCCAGCUCGCUCUCCUGCAGCUGCUACUGAUGCAUCCAUGCCCAUCGAUCUGACGGAUGACUAGAUUUAGGGUUUUUUCUUUUGAUCUUUUGUACUUUGCUUUUGCAUUUUUGUAGUUGAUCAAUGGAUUCAUAUCAUAUGUACCUUCAAUGUAAACAUCUUUGAUGAAAUACAAAAAUGAGUUUUCCUUUGAAUUUUUGUUGUAUUUUCGGUAUAUCAUUGUUUACAACUGUCGAAUAACAACUUGAAUAAAAGAAUAGUAUACAG